AUGGUUAAGAGGUUCCAAAACGACUCCCAAUUCUGGGCCCAAUGUGGCAAAUGCCCGGCCCAUCGUAGACAUUUCCAGUGCCGGAUCCGAAUCCGCGACCAAUUUAGUUUAUCGAAUCGCUCUCUUCUCCCCCCCCCCCCCCCCACCUCAGUUAGCCUCCUUCUCACGAGCGAGAGAGAUGGAGAAGAAGAAUCAGCAGCGGCGGCGACGAAGACGAAGGAGGAGGUGGAGGCUGAGAUAACGAAGGCGAUGCUCUCGCGCCUCCCCGAUUUCAAGCAGCAAGCCGAUAACUUGACUCUUGAAGGUGUUCGAAGGGCAUUAGAAAAAGACCUAGGGAUGGAGAAAUUAUCUUUGGAUGCUCAUAAGAAGUUUAUAAAGCAAUGUUUGGAAAAGUACUUUUAUGACGCUGAUGCUAAGAAUGCAUCCGAGACUGAGGAGAAAAUUGCAGAAGAACCUGCUCAGCCAGUGAGAGAAGAAGUAUUGCAGCCAGAAGAUCUAAGGAAUAGAAUUGCUGAUCUAAACGAAAGUUUACGAGGGUCUCCUGCUUUAGAUGAACAUGCACAUGCUGAUAAUGAAACUGGAAAAAGUCAUGAUAGUUCUGAUCAUGGUACCGAAAUCAGUGAAGACAUGAUCAAGAAGGCAAUUGAAAAAAGAGUUCCUUACCUGAGAUCUAAUCUUGAGAUUACACUGGGAAAACUUCGUCGCCUAUUAGAAGAAGACCUUAAACUUGAGAAGAAUAGCUUGGAUGCUUUUAAAAAAUUCAUCAGCGAUGAACUGGAUGCUGUCUUGCAAUCGGAUGAAGUUAUUCAAGCUACAAAUGGUGCUAAGAAAGAAUCUAAAAAGACCUCCAGCAGAAGAGUCACAGGAACAACAGGCAAAGGCAAUAAGAAAUCGAGGAAGGAUUCAGACUCCUCAGAUUCUGAUGAUGUUUUUAGUGACAAUGAAGAAGAGGAGGAGAUCAAAAAACCUAAAAAGAGGCCUGCACAAAAACUGAAAGCAGACGCAAAAGGUUCAAAGAGACAGAAAAUAUCAGCACAAAAGAGCAAAGCAUCAAGCGCUGGGAAGAAAAAACCAGUGGAUAAAGACUUAGAGAAAAGUGAUGAAAGUGAUGGUGGCAAGUCUGAAGAUGAUCGCUCUCAGUCAUCAGGCGAAGAGGAGGAAGUUAAGAAGAAAAAUGAAAAGCCAGCUCAAAUAUAUGGGAAACGAGUGGAACACCUAAAGUCAAUAAUCAAAUCAUGUGGAAUUGGUAUCCCCCCAUCAAUUUAUAAGAGGGUCAAACAAGCUCCCGAAAGCAAACGAGAAGCACAGCUGAUAAAGGAGCUGGAAGAAAUUCUUGAAAAGGAAGGUUUAUCAACAGAUCCUUCUGAGAAAGAAAUAAAAGCAGUUAAGAAGAGAAAAGAAAGAGCAAAGGAACUUGAGGGCAUUGACAUGAGUAAUAUUGUCUCAAGUUCUCGUCGAAGAAACACAUCCAGCUAUAUUCCCAUUCCAAAGCCUAAAAUAGAAGUUGAGAGCGACGAAGAUGAAGGCGGCGAAGAAGAGGAGGAAGAUGAAGACAAUGAAGAGGAUAGUGAUGAGGGUAACAAUGACGAAGACUCGAGUGAAGCAUCUGAUGGAGGGAAUGGAAUGUUCUGUUCCACCAGUUAUGGCCAAAUUCCACUACAACACAAAUUCCUCUUUAGGGUCAGCUUGACAAGUGCAUGGAGCUCUAUUCAUAGGCUUCUAAGUUAUCUUAUUAUUACUCUCAGAUAUACUUCUAUUUUGUAUUACUUUUUGCGACUGGGAUAUGUAUCGUGGCCGAUAUGUUCGAUAGAAAAACAUGAAACCCGCUGAUUUCUUUUUCCUUUUUUUGAAUUUG